AUGUUUAAACACAAAGCUCAGAUCAAACCGUAUUCGAACCUUAAGAGUUCUGCGCGGCGCCAGUUGUUGCAAUCGAUUUGUGUCUACUAUUCCCUUGACGAAUCGCAACUUUUGCCCGAAACUAAACAUGAGUUGCUGCCCAAGGAAAUUCGCCACGCACGCGCCAUGCUUCACACAACAAACCAGAAGAUUAUCAUUUAUUCUGACGAAGACUUGAAACCUCUGUGGUUUAAGUUUGAAAGUAGCGGAAUUCUUAUCCCUACGAUGUUAACACUUUGGCGUUGCCCCUAUCUGGCCAAAGGUCGAAUCAUCUACACCCCGCUGCAUGUUUUGGAAAUUAUUCAAGGCGGUGCUGAUCUCAUGAUUCCCGGUUGCUUUGCACCAUACCCAGAUCUUCACAAGGGUGAUGUGGUUGUGUAUUGCUCCAUCCCAGAGCAAAUUCCCAUUGGUGUAGGUCUUGUACUUGUUAGCGAGACGAAAUCACUUGAAAGAAGCAUGAAGGGCAAGGCCGCACAGACGGUUCAUACGUUGGGAGAUACCCUCGUUUCCGCUUAUAAAAAUGAGCUAGCCAUUACCCCGGAGUUAGCAUUUGAUUAUAGCCUACCUUAUGGUGCCCAAGCUGAAGACUUGACUACUAAGGUUGCAGAAUUAUCUACAGAGGAUCAGGAACAGGCUGAAGAAUCAGAGCAAAAUCAACAAAAUGGGGAAGAAAAUUUUGAAAAGAAACAACCCGAAGAACAGUCAGCUGGAGACGAACUAGAUCAAGAACAAGUACAAGAGCAAACAGAAAUACAAGAGUCUACGGAAGAUGCUGAAAGUGACGGCGAGGGAGAAAAAUUGUCAACCGCUGAAGUGGAUGAAGUGUUUAAAACUGCUUUACUCCAAACAGUUUUUAAAUCAAUUGAUGACGGUGCUAUCAUCCAAACACCAAUCUCUGCAUCUCAACUUUUGGGAAGCCACGUUCUAGUUAACCUUCCAUUGACACCACUUCAACAACAACAUUUGCAAUUAUCAAUCAAGAAGACCUCAUGGAAAAAAGCCACCAAGUUUUUCAAGGCAAUGGAAAAAGAAGGGCUUCUUAAAACUAAAGAUCACAAGGAUGAUUUGAUGAUUGUAUCCCUUGCAGGACUGGAACACCCACUAUUGCAAAAGUAUGAGCCAUAUGAGGUGGUUAAAAAGAAAAAGACCGGCCCUUCACAACCUACAACACCCAAGAGUGAUGGCCAACUCGUCGCAAUUGAAUUGUGGAAACCUCAUUCUGCUGCCGUCCCCUUUUUUAAUGUGUGUGCGGCCAAAGCACCGGAAAAGUUUUCUGGUGGUCUUUACUACGACACUGACGGACUUAAGAUAAGACUUGUUUGGUACAUAAACCAACAAAAGUUAGUAAACCCUAAGGACAAGAAGACUAUUAUAGCAGAUGACAUACUUGUUGGUGCGUUUGGAUUGCCUAAACAGGCUGCACUUAAUGAUGCGCUGCGUGUCGUGGGCCGUGACAAGAUUGUAACCAUGCUACAAAAACAGUGCACACCAUUUCACAUUAUUUACGAUCCCAAGGAUCCUGUGCUGCAACAGUUUAAAGAUGCCAAGGGUGCGCUGGCAGCUGAAGACGUUGCGCGUGCGCUCAAGCCGGCCAAAGGUGGCGUGCCACACAUUGUCGUUGCAACAGAACGCCGUGGUGGCAACAAGACAGUGACUACAGUGACUGGCCUUGAGGCGUUUGGCAUUGAUGCUGUUGAUUUUGCUGAAGAACUUCGCAAGGCGUGCGCAGGUUCAACUUCAGUAAAUAACGUGAAGCAGGGCGCAAAUGAAAUUAAAAGUGUACUGGUACAAGGACCUCAAGUCAAGGCGGUGGAGACAUCACUACAAAAGCGUGGGGUGCGUCCUACUUGGAUCACAGUCAAUGACAAGGUUGGCGGUGGCAAGAAGGGAAAGAAAUGA